CGCCAAGCCAGAACGUGAGUGUAUGUCCGUGUGGGCGAGUGCGCGCGAGUGCACAGGGGGAUGGCAAGGGACGGACACGUGUUUGUGCUUUGCGAAGGCAAUCGCUGAUGAUGUGACCGUGACUCGCGCAAACCUCAACACCGAACACAAACACCUCUUCGUUUGUUCGUUCGUGUGUUCAAGCGACACGAAUCAAGCAGCGAGCCCCACAACAUCCAAAACCCGACAACGACAAGCAAUAAGCAAGCGAGCGAGCGGGCCAGGAAGAAGCACACACGUCAACAACAAACCUGAGAAAGGCAAGGGGCAGGCUGGACGACAAUUUGUGGAUAUCUUCCAUGCAUAUUCGAUAUUGCCGGACACACGCACACACAAACAGACCGAGCAAACGAUGAUGAGCGAGGAGGAGAAGGCUGUUUUGCAGCUGGCUGAGGGCGAGCCGCAGGACAUCCAAGGCUGGGCCGUGAAGAUCCUGAAUACGGCCAACCCAGCAGAUAAGGUUGCGUUGACGCAGCGCGCAGCAGACCUGUGGUACAGCGGCGCACUGACCCAUGAUUCCCCAAGUACACCACCAGACAUGCCUGGCCGAGAGGCCUCCCUUCAGGUUGUUGAGCCUCGCGAUAUGAAGUUGGGCAAAGGAGGCACCCUGAGCAGUCGCAUUGCAAUUCUGCACUCUCUCGCUAACAUCGAACAAUGGGCGAUUGACCUGGCAUGGGACAUGAUUGCCCGGUUUGGAGGCGUGAAGGUUGGCGAACAGCAGGAACCCUUGCCUCGCGACUUCUUCACCGACUUCGUUCGCGUGGCUGAGGACGAAGGGCGGCAUUACAGCAGCCUCUCCAACAGACUGGUGCAGCUUGGCUCAAAGUUUGGCGAACUGCCAGUGCACAACGGUCUGUGGCAGAGCGCCUCUGAGACGAUGCACGACCUGCGUGCGCGUCUGGCGAUUGUGCAUAUGGUGCACGAAGCGCGCGGCCUCGAUAUCACCCCAUUUACCAUCCAGAAGUUUGAGCGCAACAACGACCAGCACAGCGCAGACUUGCUCAAGGUCAUCUACGAGGAAGAGAUUACACACGUGACCGCUGGCGUGCGCUGGUUUAGGCACGUGUGCAAGGUGGAGGAUGCUGAGCAAGACCCCAUUCCGGUCUUCCAUGAUCUCGUGAAGAAGCACUUUCACGGCUUCCUGAAGCCGCCUUUUAACGACGAGGCCAGGACAAAGGCAGGCUUCACCCCGGAAUGGUACGAGCCGCUCGUGUCCGCGUAACAGCACAACGUACAUGCCGCUGUCAUCUCGUCAGGAGGUCGUUCAUAGUAAACAAACCAAGCGU